CAAGUCCUGAAGUUAUCAUAACAAAUGAAACUUGGCCCGACCAGACAGGAAUAUUAAAAACUAAUACAGUUUUACAGUAUGAUGCUGACUUACAGAAAGUUGAGUUGUGGGGUUCUCCUGCAUUGGCUCAACGAUAUAGACGUCGAAGGAACAAUAAUUCAAAACCUGUUGAAUUAUUUAAAUUACAUUUGAUGGACACUUUGGAAGAUCAAAUGCCUACUUUGCCAGAAGGGUUAGAUUAUAGGAAAGCAAUUACCGAUUAUCUUUGCAAAUUAGGUGAAGUAAGUACCUUGGUUAAAUCGACGAUUGACAUUCGCUGGCCACAAAUUGACUUUUUUAAAAAUGUAUUGCUUAUUCUUACUGUCCCUGUGGAGUACUCUGAAAAAAAAAAGGCAAUAAUGAAGCAAUGCGCUUUUGAUGCUGGUUUAAUAAAAUCGACCAUUACUACUAAUUUAAAAAUUACAACUGAACCAUCGUUUCUAAUCGUAGAUAUAGGAGGUGGUACUGUAGACUUAACUGUUAGAAAAUUAUUAGUAAAUAGUAAAUUAGGUGAAAUAACUGAACAAACUGGUGAAUGUUGUGGUGGAAGUUUUGUUGAUAAAGAAUUUAUUAAAUUUGUUACAAGAAAAAUUGGUGAAUCACCAAUGUAUUUACUUAAAGAAUUUCAUUAUGGUAUAGUACAAUAUAUGGUUCAGGAAUUUAGUAGAUCUACUAAAAUUCCAUUUACUG